AUGUCGCAAGGUGGCUCCGUUUCACCACAGGUUGGCCGACGACCUGUGGUGAAAGCUAAGCUCGCCGUGGCAUGGCUGCUUAGUUUGGGGAAAUGUCUUUUUGCCACUCCAGCAUAUACACUGCCUCAGUACCCUGCACACUGGGCCCUGCCGUCUCAGACGUUGGACGGUAUGACGACCGGUGAGAGGCGAUCAAAUCUCAGGUUGCUCAGGACGUCAUUGAUUCUGGACCAAGGCGACACACGCAUGACUAGCCAUGGAGACUGUCUCAGACUGUGUAUCUACAACGCGAGAACAGUGUCCACAGACGCUGACCUACUUACCCUUCUCGGAGCUGCAGAGCAUAUCACAUUUCACGUGAUUGCAGGAGACCAAAUGCAGAAGAAACGACGUUUGACAGACGAAUGA